UGUGUGAGAAGAUUUUUUUAGUCCCCGCCCUCCACGAGGCAUAAGUAAUAGGCUAGCACUGGAGGGGAGGUAUGCUACUGCUUCCUUCAGUCGCGUGCUCUUUUUCUUUGUCGGUGUGCUCUGUUUCGGAAUGCUGUCUUGUGUUACCUACUCACAAAUAUGGACACCGAGAAAGAUGUGCCACCUCCCAAGCAGCAGCCCAUGAUAUACAUUUGUGGAGAAUGUCAUAAAGAAAAUGAAAUUAAUGCAAAAGAGACCAUCCGAUGCAGAGAGUGUGGUUACAGAAUAAUGUACAAGAAGAGAACAAAAAGAUUGGUUGUUUUUGAUGCCCGAUGAAGAAGGUGAAGAUGCUUCUGAUUUCUCUCAAUGUAUUCUUCAUAUGCUAAAUUUAAUGUCAUAUUUGUUAGGAUAGUAUAAAUUAUA